ACAAAUAUUUCUUAAAAAUAAAACUAAUAUUGUUGGAAAGUAAUUCUCGCGCCACACCGAACGCACGAAUCCCGUGUCUGGGUUUUCAUGGGCAGUGAAAUGCUGCGGCAGCGAGCAGCAGUUUAGUAAUUUCUUAGAAAAUUCCUAGGAAAUUACUAAACUUUCCUAGAAAUUGUUGACCGAAACUCGCAUUAGUUACAUAUUUAAAGCGCCGGAUACGAGAAAUAUAACCUGUGAACACAUAUAAAAAAAAAAUUUUUUAAUGUUAUACAGAUUAAAAUCUGAGAAGAUUUAAAGGCAGUAAACAAUUGCAAGUUUGAGUCAUUUUGCGCUGUAAUAAUUUUGGAAAAGGAUUGAAGGAUUGACUUGUAAUCACCUUUGUGAAGUGUAUAAUCAAAAAGAGAUUUAUAAAAUAUGAUGUUUCUGCAUAGAAAGAUAGAGGAAGAAUAUGAUAAUUGAUUCAUGAUUCUAUAUUAUAUACGUAACAUCUUUAGAUUUAAAAAAUGGAAGAUAUUACUGUUAAUUGGCAUUUGCGUUCUUGCCUUAAGAAUAAACGUUAUUUUACAAAGUUUAUAUCCUUCUGUGACACAGCUGACGGAGCUGCACAAGUGUCCGGCGUGUUAUGGGGUUUCUGCGUGUCACAACAUUCACAAAAUAGAUCUCUUAUGGAAUGAUGUUAAUGCGAUAAUCUCUCACUUGUUCAGCGUCAAAAAUGUAUUCUUUGGAACGUAUGAUCAAAGCAAAGUGGUGCUGAAGAAGCUGGCACACUCUUCUGAAUUAAAAGCGCUUGACGUUACAUUAUGCAACAAACUCCAUUUGGGAUAUCCCUGCUCGAUUCUUGUUCCAUUAGACAGAUAUGCGCCAGAUUUUUAUGAUCUUAUCAGAAAAACAAUUACUUCCGAUUUUUCCCAAGAUGAUACAAGUCGCCUGAGACUUUGUCCAACAUUAGGGCACUUAGACGAUCUGUUUUAUAAUGUCCAUCUUAACAAUAAACACAUCAAUCCCACGCAAUAUCUAAUUAAUCUCUGGACAUUGGUUUCCAUAAAUCCAGAGCCGUUAAUCCUUCAGAUAUUAUCUGCUGAAGAUGGAUGGCCUGUGCCAAAAUAUUUUGGAGCUUGUGGUCGGAUUAUCAUUGAAGAAUAUAUCGGUUUACCACUUUCGGAUUGUUAUGACAAAUCUUGGAUUGAUAGAGUAAAAAUAGCUUCGAGCCUCUUAAAUGCCGCUUAUAUGUUCACCUUCAAAAACAAAAGAUUCAGUUUUUAUUUAACGGAUAUAUCGGCUGAUAAUAUUGCUGUUGAUAAUGAAAAUGUAGCCAAAUUUAUCGAUUUGGAGAAUAUUAUUAUUGUUGACAAAAAUAUUUCUCAAGAAGAUGAGCCAAAGGAAUGGCAGAAAAUACACGAGAACACAAUGCAUUUCGAUUGUCCCAACUGUUUUGCAUUUUCUUCUAAGGAUAUUUGUAGCCAUCAUCUAAGUGAUCACAAUUAUUAUGCAAUUUGUCAGCUUUUAUUAAGUUCAGGAAAUGAAAAUCCAUUUCCCGGUGGAUUUCUUCACGAUGCACCUACUAAUAUUGAACAGCAAUAUCCAGAUAUUGAGUAUUUGUUGCAACAAUGUGCCAUUCCUGAUUAUACUACUUCCAGAAUAUUUGUUGGGCAACGACUUAAGACGCUACUGGAUAUAAUUUUAAGAUAAUUACCUCAACAUGAAUACAACGUAAAGUAACUUAAGUUACAAUAGUAGCUUGAAAAAUUUGUUAGUAUUAUUAUAUUAUGUUGAACAUUUCAGAUGUAUAUCUUAAUCUUCUUUUAAUAAUCUUUUUUAAAGAAUAUCUUGAAAAUCUAGCUUGAAAAAUCUUUUAGUAUUAUUAUAUUAUGUUGAAUAUUUCAGAUGUAUAUCUUACUCUUUUUUAAAUAAUUUUUUUCAAAGAAUAUCUUAUGUAUAUUUUUUGUA